CAGCUGGCAGAGGCUCGGAAGAAGUUUUCAUGUAGAGCUUUGCAGGGCCUGGCAGACCUCUCCUUCGUUUCGGCCAAAAUUAAUGUCACAAUAAUAGUGUUGUUGGCAUGAUUGGGUUCGAGACCAGUGCCUAUGGCGGAGCGCGGUGAGGGGACCGCAGGGGGGUCACACUCACGAGCCACCACCAGUGGGGCCCACACUGCGGCAACCAGGAACAGAAAUCAGCUGGUUGGGUCAGGAGUGGAGGGGUUGGAGGCUAUCGGGAGUCCCCUGCCCCUACGGAAGCGUAAGAGUGGCAUCACUGAAGUUGUACACACUAAGAGAAGAAAUAGUGACAGCCAACACGAGGCAACAGUGGGUUGUAAUACUGUCAGUCCCAACUCGGCUAGCUCUGCUGGCAGCACAACCAAGAGAAGAAGAGUUACCAGCAAUAGUAGCAACAGUGAAGCACGAGACGCAGAUAGUGGCGAUUGUGGCUUGGAGAGCCCGGCAAGCAAACGUCCGCGCCGGGGCAGUCACCUAGAGAGCCGGAACCAGUCAUCUGCCAGCCUGGCCGCCAACGCACCCAGCACACCCACUCGCAACCAGGUGACACCCAAGAGGAGGUCAUCUCGUAUCAGUGGAAAGACUGGACUACUCAAUGAGGAAUCUGAUAGAAGAGUGAAGGUUCCAGAGCGAGCUGCCCUUAGGAAAUCGCCUCGUAUAAGUGCCCUGCAACAGGCCAGGUCAGCAGCAACAGCUAAAGGACAGACUGACUCUCAAGAUAUUGCUGUAACAUUUGCUAAAGCUUCUACUAAUGCUACUGCUUCUUCGUCUAGAACUGUGAGAAGCAAAAAUGAAGUAGGUCAGACGGGAAACAGUGUUAGUGGUAAGGGAAAGUUGUUCACAACAAAGGCAGUGACAAAGAAGACUUGUUCUGACAGGUCACGAAAAGCAUUACAGACUUCUGGUGAUAAGGAAGGAAAAUUCCAACCCGCUGUUACUACAAAGAAGAAUACUUUGGCAAAGGAUAGAGCAGAUGAAUUAGAAGAAAGUUCUAUAUGUAAGAAAAAAGGAACUCUGAGAGCUGUUAAUUCAGAUAAAAAUUCUAAGAAGGAAAGCAUCGCUAAUAGAGGCAGUAACAAGAAAAAAAUUGAUCAAGCAAACUCCUAUAAUGCUCAAGGUAUACAAAACAAAGGAAAGGCAUCAUCAGUUAUAAAGAAAUUGGAAAACAAACCAGUAAAAAAGUUCUGUCCACAGGGGACGAAAGGACCAGUUUGUGAGAGCCAGAAAGGAAAGAAAAUUAAAAGCCCUGUUAGUGUCUUGUCAUCAUCUAACAAGCCUAGUGUAAAAGAAAUAAAAAAGGCAGAAGGAUCAAAGAGCAUUAAAUCAGAAGUUGAACAUUCAUAUAAAAGUGGAGAUCAGAGCUUACCAUCAACAUCUGGAAAGAUAUAUGCAACAGAGAAGAAAGCAAAGACUAGCCAAAAGAAGGCCGCACCAGUAACCAGACCAGCCAAAACCCAAAACAGUAAGAAAGGGGGAUCUGCCAGUAUGAGUAAGUCAGACCCUUUACCUAGACAAUACUGAAGACCAAGACUCAGUAGGGGGUGCUGUAAAAGUCUAAUGAUUCCUUCUGUUAUUUGAGUUAUUGUAGAUAGGUAAUCUUAAUAUGAGGAACAAGGGAUAUAAUUAAAAGUGUUAAGCACUUAGUAGACUGAACAUAUUGCAUGGCUGAAGAUAGUGAUAACCUAUCUUAUCAGUACAUGAUGUUAGUCUCAAAUCUACAGUCGAUCACUAAUUGUGGUGAGGGUUUGCAUAAUCUUAGUUAUAACAUUUACUGGUCAUUAUUUAUGGUAUUGUAUGUCAUUAUUAGGUGUUAAUUUUAUAUUCAUUGCCCCAUACUAAGCUUUGUUUAAGAUUUUAAGGUUCUUUUAGAAGUAGAGUAGCCAUAUAUGUGUGUAUAUGUAUCAGAUUAAAGCAUAAGUCAUGUUUUAACCCAUUGGGUACAUGUACUGUUCACUGUAGUUUGUAUUUUCAGUUUUGUUUACACAGAUGGCAUCAGAAAUGCUUUAGUCACCAAUGUCAGUUACAACACAUUCUUGUCUUAACCUGUUUUCCCCAUCCCAAAAUUUUUUGAGAAUAAAAGAUUUUAUAUGUAAUACUACUGUUAUUGUUAUUAUUAUUAUUGUUUUUUCAUUUUCAUAACCAAUAUCUGGGUGGUAGCUAUAGCAGCGAGUGCUUGGUUCUGGGGAUCUGUGAGGCACACUCGGCAGGCAACCCAGUCGGAGUAUGAAAAUAAAGGUGUCUCACAUAUGAGACAGUCCACAAACCCAACAAUGAUACCUGUCAUUGUUGGGUUGAUAUAGCAUAAAUGACAAGUCUAUUACUGAUAUAACUAAUAAGGUUUCAAUAGGAAAAUAUAAUGAUUAGGAUAAGUAGUUUUAAUCAGUGUAACCUAGUAACUGACUCAUAGGUGACUAAAAUUUUUUGGAGUUAUCUAUGUAAACAAAAUGGAUAAAACUCACAAUGGAUAAGGCAUGUAUACAUGCCCUCUUGGCAUCAUUGGGUUAACUAUGCAGUAUCUUCUACAGGAAAAAGGUUUGCUGUUUUGUGGUUUAAUGUCUAUAGCAUCAGUUUCCAAUUUUUAAUUGUCAUUCUUUGAAGGCUGCCUUCCUUG